AUGAAACGAUGGGGAAUCCAAACGUUAUUUAUUUUGUUUCUCUGUGUCAGUGUUAUGCCAGCCUGUUGGUGUGCUCAUGGCAGAUACGCUCAGAAGCUCCUGAAGGAUUUAUUUACCAACUAUACUAGCGCGCUGAGACCUGUGGAGGACACAAAAAACAUACUGAAUGUGACCCUGCAGGUUACACUGUCACAGAUUAUCGACAUGGACGAAAGAAACCAAAUUUUGACUGCUUAUUUGUGGAUACGGCAAGUGUGGGUUGAUGCACACCUCAGAUGGAAUAAAGAUGAUUACGAUGGACUUGAUACCAUCCGCAUACCUAGUAGUUAUGUAUGGAGACCUGAUAUAGUCCUAUAUAACAAUGCUGAUGAUCAUUUCACUGGCCCUAUGGACACCAAUGUGGUGGUCCAACAUGAUGGCCAGAUAAUGUGGGAUUCCCCAGCAAUUACCAAGAGCUCCUGCAAAGUCGACGUAUCUUUCUUUCCUUUUGAUGCUCAGCAAUGCAGGUUCACCUACGGUUCCUGGACCUACAAUGGAAACCAGUUGGAUAUCCAGAACGCCAUGGAUAGUGCUGACCUGGCUGACCUGGUGGAAAAUGUUGAGUGGGAGGUGCUGGGUAUGCCAGCUAAGAGGAACAUUAUUCUGUAUGGCUGUUGUGCUGACCCUUAUCCUGAUGUGACCUACACAUUGAAACUGAAGAGAAGGGCUUCCUUCUAUGUCUACAAUUUGCUAAUACCAUGUGUGAUGAUAUCUUUCUUGGCUCCACUGGGUUUCUACCUGCCUGCUGACUCUGGAGAGAAGGUGUCUUUAGGUGUUACUGUAAUGCUGGCACUUACUGUCUUUCAGCUGUUGGUUGCAGAGAUCAUGCCACCCUCUGAGAAUGUACCACUUAUUGGAAAGUAUUACAUUGCAACCAUGACCAUGAUAACAGCCUCCACUGCUCUGACCAUCUUCAUCAUGAACAUACACCACUGUGGCCCAGAUGCCAAGCCUGUUCCCAAGUGGGCCAAGACGGUCAUUCUGCAGUACAUGGCCAGAAUGUGCUUUGUUUAUGAAGUCGGGGAGAACUGUUUGUCACCACAGUCGGAGACACAGGAAUCUCCACCUGUAAAGAACACCAACUGUACCAUGAAUGGCCAGGCAGGGCCAGGCAGAGAGGACUGUGCUUUAAAAAUGGAGAGAGGACAAGAGACAGUGGGCUCCAUGGACACAGAAGAGAGAGAAGACAUGGACCAGAUGAUGAGUCCAAUGGGCUCAAUUGGGAGGAACCCUACCAACCACUACAGCAGUUGGAAGAAUGGCAUUUUCACGAGCAUGGACUGUGAAGAUUCAGGAGGUCUGCCUAGAUGCAGAAAGGGAGGUGUGAGUGAUGGAGAGAGAAAAGACAGAGAGGUUUCCUGCAACACUUACAGCAGUGAGAGUCCGUUGCUGCGUAACAUUGAGUACAUAGCCAACUGUUACAGAGAUCAGAGGGCCACACAGAAGAGGACUGGAGAAUGGAAGAAGGUAGCCAAAGUUUUAGACCGCUUCUUUAUGUGGAUAUUUUUCAUAAUGGUGUUUUUCAUGAGCCUUCUGAUCAUGGGCAAAGCCCUCUAA